CCCUAGCUCCCGGGAUUUCCUGCAGAGCGGCUCCCUCCGGAGACCCAGUCUACAACCCACCGGUCACCGGCCCUCGGCCAGCCCCGCUCCUCCCUGCUCCGCGGGUGAGGGCUUUGGCCAGCGAUCUUUCCGUGCGUGGCAAGGACCUCAAUCCUGAGUUCCUGAGCCUCUUCCUAACCCCGUCUUUCCACCCGGAGGAGCCCGGGACCUGCCCCGGUGAACCGACUUCAGAAGAACGGAGUGCGCAAGCGGAGCAGCAGCACCUGCCCAGGGCGAGCGCGAGAUCUGAUGGAGGGGGCCCAGUGAUCCUGCCCUCGACGCCUGUUUUUCUUCUCUGCAGGUCAGGCUCGUGCGGGGAGUGAGAAAUGUACCAGAGCUUGGCGCUGGCUCAGAGCCCCAGCCAGGCCACCUACGCCGACUCGGGAGCCUUUCUGCACUCCUCGGGAGCCGGCUCCCCGGUGUUCGUGGCACCCACGCGCGUGCCCUCCAUGCUGCCCUACCUGCCUGCGUGUGAGCCGGGCUCGCAGUCUCCCGCGCUCGCCGCACACUCCAGCUGGACGCAGGCAGCGGCCGCCGAUUCCUCAGCCUUCGGCUCCGGAAGCCCGCACCCACCAGCCGCACAUCCAACCGGAGCCACCGCCUUCCCAUUCGCACACAGCCCCCCAGGCUCGGCCAGCGGCAGCAGCGCGGGGCCCCGGGACGGCGGCGCCUUCCAGGGCGCGCUAUUGGCUCGCGAACAGUACCCAACCUCGCUCGGGAGGCCCAUGGGUGCCUCGUACCCUACGACCUAUCCAGCAUACGUGAAUCCCGAUGUAGCCCCUUCGUGGACCUCCGGACCCUUCGACAGCAGCAUCCUGCACGGUCUGCAAGGUCGUCCUGGUGGCCUCCCUGGCCGGAGAGCCACCUUCGUCCCUGACUUCUUGGAGGAGUUCCCUGGUGAGGGCCGGGAGUGCGUCAACUGUGGAGCCCUGUCUACACCCCUGUGGCGCCGUGAUGGCACCGGACACUACCUAUGCAACGCCUGCGGCCUCUAUCACAAGAUGAACGGGGUCAACCGGCCACUAGUGAGGCCCCAGAAGCGUCUGUCCUCGUCCCGUCGAUCCGGACUCUGCUGCUCCAACUGCCACACUGCCACCACCACCCUCUGGAGGCGCAACGCAGAGGGCGAGCCUGUGUGCAAUGCCUGUGGCCUCUACAUGAAGCUCCAUGGGGUGCCAAGGCCACUGGCAAUGAAAAAGGAGAGUAUCCAGACCAGAAAACGGAAACCGAAGAACCCUGCCAAGAUCAAGGGCUCCUCAGGAUCCACAGCAAACACCACAACCUCUUCUCCCACUAUCCUCAACACUGAGAGCUCAGCCACCACUUUGAAGGCAGAGACAAGUCUGGCUUCUCCAGUGUGUGCUGGGCCCACUGUCCCCUCCCAGGCCCCCAGCCCAGCGGAUGAAUCCCUGGCCCCCAGCCACUUGGAGUUCAAGUUUGAGCCUGAAGACUUUGCCUUCACCAACUCGUCCCUGAGCCCCCAGGCUGGCCUCAGUGGGGUCCUGCGUCAAGAGACCUGGUGUGCCCUGGCCUUGGCCUAGGUGCUUAGAGAACUGUCACCCCAGGGGAUCUUAGGAACAGAGGUUAGUUCCUGAAGCCAGCAGCCCCAUGGGUCCCUCAGCACUGUCAUGGGGAAGCUUUUUUUUUUUGCUGACUGCCUAGAGAAAGAAGAAGGCUGGUGGAUGAAGGGUUGGAGCCCCAUCUGGGAUAGCAAUGGACUGCCCAGACCCCUCAUGGACUGCUCUGCAGCCAAGAUGACUGGAGAUACCCACCAAUUACUUGAAUUCAGCUCUUGCCAUCAAUGGUCAACAUUUACAGCUUGUAGCAGCUGGCAAAGGUUCACAGCAUCCCCCAGUAAAAUCUGAUCCAAGUGAAACAAACAGAGUCCAGGCAGGCAAUAAGAGAAAGGGGACCCGACACAAAGCCGCUGGAGCCUCAAGGUCUUCAUAUCCCAUGUUUCACUCUGCAAAGCUGAAAGGUCCUUCCUUGCCUGUGGAUGGAUACAGGACCGCCAGAGACCAGUGUGCAGGUUGAGCAAUGAACCAGGACACUGCCCCAAGGCAAAUGCAUCCCUCUGGCCAGCAUCACAAACGUCUGUAUUUAUUUAUACGUUCCCUUCCAGACAGGGCAGUAAAGGGCCUUGUUCUGGCAAUCUGCACACUUAGGCUUUUGCUGGUGGGUAGACCCACACAGAGACAGUCUUGGAACUGGGCGACAUGUGGCCUUGUGGCCUGGCUCAGCCAUCGUCCCAGCAGUUGUUAAGGCAGCCUUAUUUGCAGUAUCCUCUUCACACCAGGUCAUGUCAGCUGGUGGUGACUGACCAGGAGCUUCGGGUCAGUUUUAGGGCCCUGAUGCAGCAAGGUGAUGGCAGUGGAAGGCAGAGGGUGUUCUGUAGGCCACACACACACACACACAUACACACACAGUCUUAUCUCCACUGGCCACUUCCUGGCAUUUCCACUGCCAGGUGAGGAAACCAAGAGGUCACCCAACCAUGAAGGCCACCCCUAACCUGCCUCCUGUGUGGAACCUCGAUUUACCCAGUUCAGCUUGAGGGCGGGGAUAGUGGGCCCCGGUUAGAAGGAAAGCAAAGGAUAGUAGUCUGCAACCUUUGCAGACAUCACAGGGACAAGAGCAAGGCAUGCUUCUGUCACUUGCUCCAAGUGGGCAUACCUCCCAUCCAUGCAUCUGUCGAAGGCAAAGCCAGCUGCCUGGAUGUCUAUUAGCACAUCCCAGAUACUGGGGUAGGGAGAAGGAGGGGACUAGAGACCCUGGCACAUGAGGCACCGUGUGGAUUCCUCCAAGCACCCACACCCCAAGUGUGCACUGAUGCAGACCAAACCACAGCAGCCGCAUGAGGGCUGUGCACAGUAUUCUCACUGCAGUGCUGUUCCUAGGAGUUCCUAUCAUCCAAGCCUCAGUUUCCCCGUCUGUGAUGAGAGAGGUGUCUGUGAUCACAUCUGUAACUCAUGCAUCUUCAAGGUGGCACCAGGCACUCACCAACCUGGGGAGACUCCCUGGAGACAUCCACCAUAAGAGGCACAAGGCAGGUGGCAUCUCCUUGGGUGGAGAGGAAAGGAACUCAGCAGAGAGGGUCAUCCAGACAUGAGAUACCUUCCACUUCUGUUGCCUUUUUUCUUUCUUUGUUUUUUAUCUUUGAGACAGGGUCUUACUAUGUAUCUCUGGCUGUCCUGGAACUCAUUAUGUAGACCAGGCUAGUCUCAAACUCACAGAGACCUGCCUGCCUCUGCUUCCUGAGUGCUGGGAUUAAAGGCAUGAGCCACCA